AUGGAGGAGGCCGAGCCGGGCGAGCGCAGCCCCUUGCUGGGCGGCAGCGGCCGGGCGGCAGCGAGCGCCUUCGAGGGGCGGCGGCUGGCGUGCGCCGCCGUGCUGCUGGCCGAGCUGCUCGAGCGCGUGGCCUUCUACGGCGUCACCUCCAACCUGGUGCUCUUCCUCAACGGGCCCCCGUACGGCUGGGAGGGCGCGCAGGCGAGCCAGGCCCUGCUGCUCUUCAUGGGCGUCACGUACCUCGUGUCGCCCUUCGGCGGCUGGCUGGCCGACGCGCUGCUCGGCAAGUUCGGUGCCAUCCUGCUCAGCAUGGCGCUCUACCUGCUCGGCAUGCUGGCCUUCCCCGUGGUGGCCGCGCCGCACACGCGGCAGGGCCUCUGCGGGGACAUCCCGCUGUCGCCCGUGGAGAACUGCUCCUCGCCGGCGGGCAACGCCACGGCGCCCUGCUCGCCGCCCGGGGCCACCCGCUACUGCGCCGCCGCCACCUUCGUGGGACUGGUCCUCGUGGGGCUGGGCGUCGGGUCGGUCAAGGCCAACAUCACCCCCUUCGGGGCCGACCAGGUCAAAGAUCGAGGUCCAGAAGCCACAAGAAGAUUUUUUAAUUGGUUUUAUUGGAGCAUUAACUUGGGAGCUAUUCUGUCUCUGGGAGGCAUUGCAUACAUUCAACAGAACGUGAGCUUUGUUAUUGGAUAUAGCAUCCCAACGAUUUGCAUUGGGAUUUCGUUCAUGGUGUUCUUAUGUGGUCAGAGUUUCUUCAUCACAAAACCACCUGACGGUAGUGCCUUCACAGACAUGUUUAAAAUUCUUGCAUAUUCUUGUUGCUCAAGAAAGAGACAUGUGGAGCGAUCAACUAAUAGUGAAGGCCAAGGAGUUCUUCAACAGCCCCGCAAGCAAAGCUUAUUUGAGAUGGCCAAGUUGUCUCGUGGAGGCCCAUUCAGAGAAGAUAAAGUAGAGGAUGUGAAAGCUCUUGUCAAGAUUAUACCUGUCUUUUUAGCUUUGAUACCUUACUGGACAGUGUAUUUCCAAAUGCAGACAACUUAUGUAUUGCAAAGUCUUCAUCUGAAAAUUCCUGAAAUAUCAAAUGACACCAAUUCUACUCAUACAUUUCCAGCUGCCUGGUUGACUAUGUUUGAUGCGGUGCUUAUCCUGAUCCUAAUACCCUUAAAGGAUAAAUUGGUAGACCCUGUUUUAAAGAGGAAUGGCUUGCUCCCAUCCUCGCUGAAGAGGAUUGCAGUUGGAAUGUUCUUUGUGAUGUGUUCUGCGUUUGCUGCAGGAAUUCUGGAAAGCAACAGACUGAAAGUUGUAAAGGUUAGAACAAUUAAUCAGACAAUUGGAAAUGUUACAUACCAUGCUGCAGAUUUGCCAAUAUGGUGGCAGAUUCCUCAAUAUGUGCUGAUUGGAUUCAGUGAAAUAUUUGCAAGUAUAGCAGGUCUAGAAUUUGCCUAUUCAGCUGCUCCCAAAUCCAUGCAGAGUGCUAUUAUGGGGCUGUUCUUUUUCUUUUCGGGGAUUGGAUCAUUUGUUGGCUCUGGACUGUUGGCUCUGGUGUCUAUUAAAGAAAUCGGCUGGAUGAGUAAUCACACAGAUUUUGGUAACAUUAACGGCUGCCAAUUAAACUACUACUUUUUUUUGUUGGCUGCCAUCCAAGGAGCCACUCUCCUGCUUUUCCUCAUUGUUUCUGUGAAAUACGAUCAUCAAAAAUCAAAGAUCAAUGAGCCGGCAGCCAACGGGAGGAUCUGAGGACUGUUCCGAACAGACUUCCUAGCAGCAGCAGCCAAGGACACGCCGCGCACGGAGCCCGCGAGAUCGUAGGUUUGCUCCAGGGAGCCUCUCUUGUUAGACUUGCACGUUACGGGCGUUCUCGCCCCUGCCCCUCUCACAUCACGUAGGUAAGUGCCUUAUGUUGGCGGGGCUCGUUUCUUGCACUACGUCCGGGCAGGACAAACACCAGUCUUGGAAGCGUAUUAACUAUAGACAUUCAGGUUGCUCUUUGUUAAUCCCAGGAUGUUUACUUAGCUCUUAAAAAUUGGGACGUUUGCACUUGGAGUGUAACAAGGCACUGCUAAUCAGAGAAAACUUCUGUAAUGUGGAUGGCYCCCCAGCUGAAAAUCUCCCAAGUGAAGAGCUGUGGAUCUAGAUAACUGCCCAACGGUUUCAAGCUCACAUUGGAGACUCGUAGGAAAGAAACGAUUUUGCAAGAAGUUCAAACAGCGGUUAAAAAAAUAAAUCGUAUAUCCUGGAAGUCAUUUUUGGGGGAGAAAGAGGGUCAAAUUAAAUUGUAGAUUAGCUCCAAUGUAAAAAGGAAUGUAGUUUAUAAUUGAUGUUCCCCGGAAGUAUUUCAAGGAUUGAAGUCCACAGUUGCAAUCAAGAGUAUCCAGCGUGGAAGACUGAACUACAAGUUGCAGUAGCUUGACACAGAGCAGCUUUUAGUGCACAAUAAGCAGUUGUUGGGACUGAAAUAGUUUUGCUUCACAAAUGUUUUUAAUUUAGGRUCAGCAUUAGAUGCAUCAGGCCAAUAUGGAAACAUACAUUUUGUAACUAAGUGUAUGUCCAGUCUAAUGCUGUUGCCUCCAUGAAGAAUAUUUUAACUAUUUGCAAAACUCAGGUGGCUUUCUCAGCAGCUGAAUGCAUCAUCAGUUCAGAAGCCUCUUAGCCAGCUCCUGCAGUCCUCUGUCUCGGUUCUAGCUAACGUGCUACAGGGCUCAUAACUUUCAGCAACACAUUCCUAUAGCAAAUGGCUUUACAUUCAGCCUCUUAACUUUAAUGAUUCUAACAGUUGUAUUUCAGAGUGUGUGCAGAGCAGUAUGGAAAGCAAUAUUUGCGAGGAAUUAUGCRGAAAGAAAAUGAAAUCUCAACUUUUUAUUAAUGUACUGAAUUUUUAUAGUUUCUUUUGUCUGUGUUUAAGUUGUUAAAAUGCCUUUUUUUGUAUGUGGACAUCUUUGUAAUGAGUUUACAAAAUAAAAUGAACUUCCA